AUGGGGAAAGAAACAACCCAAAAUCUAUGGACAUUGUGGAUUAUUUUAUGGUCAUUUCAAUUUCUUGUAUUUGCUGUUGUUGUGUGUAGUUUAAUUAUGCUUGGGUUUCGUUCUGGAACAAUGGAAGUAAAAGUAAUUAAUGUUCAACCAAUUGAAAGACCAAAACAAUGGAGUGUUCCAUUAGAAGCACUAACCCCAGUAAAGAAUCAAUUUUCAAGAGGGACAUGUUGGGCUUUUGCUGCUAUUGGAUUUCUUGAGAGUGAUUAUAGAGCAAAUGGAAUACGUUCAGGAUAUCUUUCAUCAGAUGAAGUUAUACAAUUUUCUGAGCAAGCAUAUAUGUCAUUGAUUGUUAAUUAUUGUUCAAGUCAUAGAGAAAUUCCAUUAUGUAGAUAUGGAGGAAUGCUUGAAAAUUCUACAAGUAAUUUUAAUGUUGAUUCAUUGUAUUAUCUUAGAAAUGUAACAACAAAAUAUAUUCUUCCUUAUUCAAUUUGUCCUUAUCAACAUCAAAGAGGAAUAAAUGAAAGUAAAUGUAUUCCUAAAGAUAAAAGUUUAAAUGAAUAUGUAGAAAAUAAUCCAAUUAAAUUUACAAUUAGAGAUAUUGUUACUGUUUAUUCUAUUUCUGAUAUAAAAAAAUUAAUGAUGAAAACACUUUCUCCUUUAACUUAUGGUUUAAAUACUGAAUUUAAUACAAUGCUUUUUCCUUGUAAUAAAUAUAAUUCAAUGUAUUCAUCUGAUGAAUGUAAAUAUUGUAAAACUCCUUGCGGUUCAGGAUGUUGUACAAAAAUAUCAUCAUCAAUGUAUCAUAAAGAUGGUAUGAUUGAUCUCUCAGUUGGAAGUGUAAGAAGAGCUGGACAUUCAAUGCUUGUAGUUGGAUGGAAUGAUGAAUUUCCUGUUGAAAGAAAUAGAUAUUCAUCUCCUCCAAUAUACACUACAGCAUGGAAUGCUAUUGACAAUAAAGCACAAACAAAACUAAUAAAAAAUAAUAUUGAAAUACCAGUAGAUCGGUGGACAAAAGGUGGACUAAUACUAAAAAAUAGUUAUGGAGAGCAUGGUCAUACAUUAGGAUAUUUUCUUCAAAACCAUUCUUUAUUAAAUGAAGACACGAUUUGUCCAUUAAGUAUUCAUCCAAGUAGAUAUUAUCCACUUGAUGUAGAAUGUAUUAAAAGAGGAAAUAGUUUUAUGAAUUGUUCAAAUGAUAAACUACGUAAAGUGAGUGAUGGAAAAAUAUUUUAUGGAGCAACAAUACUUAAAUGUAAGAAUGAUUUAGGUAAUGAUUAUGCCAAAAACCUUGGAUUUGAGGAAUGUGGUACUAAUAAAGAUUAUAGAUAUGCACUAUCUAUGGAAUGGUUUAAUGUCACUUUUAAACGUGGGGUAUGCAAAACUAGAGAGAUGGGAGAUGGACUUAUUGUUUAUCUAGCAAGAUGGGUAGAAGGUAAAAUGAAAGAAACAAUUACCGAAGUACAUACCCAAAUUACGUCGUGGGACUUUAUUGCACAACUAUUUGAAAUGGACACUACAAUUAAAAAUUCAGAACAUUGUGGGUAUUAUUUCCAACCUUAUGAUACAAUUGAAUAUUUAAUUUCAAUGUAUCAACAUGAUGGAUUUGAAUCAUAUGUUUGUUAUUUCAUUCUUUUAUAUCUCAAACAACUUUUGAUUAAUGAAAAAAUAGGGAUUUUCUUAUUAUGGUAUCAAGUGGGAACAAGAAUCAUAUUAUAA